GAGACACUGAAUCGUUUACUAAACAAUAUUUCGCCAUCGCGCAAGAUCUCAUUCAUGCAAAGCAGGCUGCUGUUCGCGGGGAGUUCGCCCCAGAUCCUCAAGGCAAAGGCUCCCCCGGUGCCGUGCCGCGUAGUUAAGGGCGACAAACGCCACGGACAUCGUUCCAACCGCCCCACAACAGCGAGCGCGGCCGACACCGGGCCAAACAAGGCACCGGUGAUGGUGGAGGCGAUGGUGCAAGCCGUGGCAGCGGCCCAAUUCGCCUUGGCCAUGAAGACCAAGGCCGCCGCGGACGCCCAGAAGGCCGCCGCGGACGCCCAGAAGGCCGCCGCGGACGCCGAGAAGGCCGCCGAGGCCGCCAAGCAGGAGGCGAGCAACAUCAGCGUCCUCUGGCUAAUUAUUCUGGCUUUGCUCAUCAUAUUCUGUCGUCGUUGAUGCGCAGACGGCGGAGGCCAUGCACGAGCUGCGGGACUGGGGGUUUCUUACAUUCAUCGCAACGGUCGUCGGGCGGGCCUCGCUGGUAGAAUCGUUGGGCAUGGUUCCCUCCGCGAGCAUGAAUGCGGGCACCAUGCCCAACGAUUCCGUUAGCGUGGCCCGCCCUGCGAUCGUUGCGAUGACUGUGAGAAACCCCCAGCCCCACACCUCGUCCAUCGCUUCCGCCGUCUGCGCAUCAACGACGACAGAAUAUGAUGAGCAAGGCCCAAAUACAUAUCCCACGAGCUGUGGGGCUGGGGCUUUCUACCAGUGAGGCCCGCCCGACGACUGUUGCAAUGGCUGAGAGAAACCCCCAGCCCCACAGCUCGUGCACCGCUUCGGCCGUGGAGGCAGGUGCAGGCGGGUGGUGUGGGUGGGCUUGUAUUGGAACGAACUGUGUAUUGGAGUGAACUGUGUAUUGGAAGAGACAGGGACAGAGGUAAAACAUUUCAAACUCAAUCUGGAAGGGUGCUGUGCUGGAGCAUGAUGGUGAAAUGGGUUUGGCAAACAGUGCCAUCACCAACAGGGGAGGGGUGUGUGCAACUCGACCUGGAUCCAGGGUCGCGCUGCAUGGGACCCGGCCAAAAGCGUGUUCGGACCCCCAGCGCCGGCUCCUGAGACUUGAUUAUUGUUACCUGGACAAUUGUUUAGUCAUUUGAACUGACAGGUGUCGCAAGGAACGGGUGUUCUUGUAACAUAACUGCGGU